AUGUUGUUGCUAUCUCUUACACUCUUUUUUUCUUCUUGGAACACUUUCGUUUACGCUGGUAGUCAAACCAAGGGCGACAACUGCACUAUCACGAACAACCGCCUCGAAUUCGGCACAUUCCAAUUCCAUAGCGAUUGCGACGUACAAACAUACUGCUCGUCGUCGCAGGGCACUUGUGAACUGAAAGGCUGCAGAAAAGACCAAUAUCCAUUUGGGUAUACACCAGGCGACUGGGUGCCACCACUGUGUCCUCCCGGGCAGUUUUGUCCCGACGAAAGUGAUGCAUGCCAGCCUUGGCUACCUGUUGGCAGCGCAUGCCAGCUGAACCGUGAUGACCAAUGCCAGCCGCCUCCAAACUGGCAACAAUUAGCUGAUCCCUCAAAGUACGGCCGUAACGUAAAUGGUUCCAUCUGUCUGAACAAUGUCUGCAUGUGGGCAAAUGUCACAGUUGGCCAGUCUUGUGAAGUCGAGAACACCGCCUACAUCGCCUAUGCGGGAAAUAACGAGUUCAUUGAUAUCGUGUCACGAGGCAACUGUCAAAUUGGGUCGUAUUGUGAUUCGCAGUCGUUGGUUUGCAUUCAGGCGAAAGAGCUUUGGGAGACCUGUGAUGCAGACAAGGAAUGUUCGUCAUUUAACUGCUUGGACAAAGGCGUUUGUGGUCUAGGUUCCGACUCGCCAAAAUACUUCAAGACCUGGGUAUAUGCCGUGGUCGGAGCUGGUAUCUUCGGAGGCAUGUUUGCCACUCUGAUUGCUCUGUUCCUGAUUCACCGCCGUCAACGUGACCAGGAACGUGAAAAGCGUCUCCAGUACUGGUGUGAACAGAAUGCCUUCCGCCAGAGCAUCAUGCAAAUGAAGGAAAUUGCUCGUACCUCCAUCUUGUCUCUCCCUGGCGGCACCGGCAAUAGCAACCGGAGCACAGUCUGCAGUCGCGCUGGAUCAGAAGAGUCGUUCACACCGAUGGUCCAGCACUCGGUUCACAAGUCGAGCGGGUUGAGACAGCAGUACCUGUCAGAUGACAACGGGAGUGCAUACGAUGAGAUGAUGAUGCAAGCGGAUCAUCGGUAG